CUCCCCGGGGCAGCAAGUUUGUACAUCUCCUCCCAUACCAACUCCUCCACUCCCUAAGAAACACCGAAACCCACCCCCCCUCGAAAAAGAACCCAUCAUGUCCCCAUCCCCUUCCAAACCAAUUCCCCAACCCAAGCCCAGAUUCCAAACCACCCGCCCCGCUCCCUCCGCGCUCCUCAUCCCCCAGAAACGACCGCUCUUCCCCCCAAAGCAGAACCCCCCCAUAAACCCAAACACAACCAUCCGUCCCCCUUCCCUCCUUCUGGCGGCAUCCUCAAACCCCGACCCAACCCCCGAGCCCAGAGAGCAGGCCAGCGGCAUCCGGCCCCGCGACACGGAAUUCAACUUCGCGGCGGCGCCGCAGCCGUUCCUGGAUCCAGGGUGUUGGGAGCGGAUCAGGGGGGUUGACGCUGCGAGAGCGGGGGUGGAGGGACAGCGGGGAGGGGAGGGGUUGGGCGGGCAUGCUGGGAUGGGGCUGGGGGUGGAGGAGAGCGAGGAGUUGCAACGGCGGCGGAGGGUCAGGGAGGCGGAGUUUGGGGGGUUGGCUGUUAGGGGGCGGUUGCGGUGA